AUGCAUCGCAUCAGGCCCAACGAGAAAACGGGGAUUGUGUUUGACUUCUCGUCGGAAAGAGCGGCGCGCUGGGCAACGGCCAUCAACCUGCCCGAAGGCCUGUACAAUCAUGAAGAGCAGGACCUUUUCUUCCGGCUUGCAAUGCGGGGCUUUGAGCCCCUCGUUCCCCAGCUCUGGCGACACGACUUCCCGACGCUGCCGGAAUCGUUGUAUCCACCGAUCUCGGGCCCGUCGUUCAAACCUCUGUUUCAGGUUCGCAGAAGCUCCAAUCUGUAUGCCACCAAAGCCCUAGCCAAUCUCUUCAAUGUCGGGGGCCGCGUCCGGGACUGCGACAUCCUGGGCCAAAGACCCGAGAAAGUGAUCAAGGCAGCCAUCAAGCAGUACUUCCGCUGGGCGCUGUUCGAUGCCGAUCUCCACACGACCGAAGAUUCGAUCCCCGUGUAUGCGAUCUACGCCCAGAAGGAAGGCGAGACGACGCUUCAGGCCGUGCAGCGACUCAACCGACGUCUGCGCUAUCUGACCUCGAAGUACCACGAGGCUCUCGGGAUGACCCAGGGGCCGACGCAAGCUGAGGAGCCGACCCCUCGCAGCUUCCCGCUCCUCAUGGGCUUCAUCAUCUGCGGUCCGAUUGUCGCGAUCGUGACGCACAGCACGGAUCCCCAGGAGGCCGAGGCCAGCUUCGAUGGCAAGUUCAUCUCGCAGUUCGACCUGUCGGAGCGGGGGCAGGAUGUGUGGAACUCGCUGGCUAUUGCGAUUGCGGUGAUGCAUACGCGACGGACGAUGAUUCGGUUGGCGGAGCAGGGGCUGGGCGGGUUUACGUUCUACGACACUGCGCAGCCGGCGUCAGAUCGGGAUCUGUAG